GGGAGAGGGCGCAGGGGAAGAUGGCGGGGGCACGAGGGCGGCCUCGGGGGAGUUCCUCCGGCCCCCUGCUGAGGGACCGUCCCCAGGGGAGGGGCUGAGGGGAGAAACCGGCGGUGAAGCGGGGGGGGCGGGAAACGUGAGGGUGAUAGUGAGCUCGUUGUCUUCUGUAAAGUAGAUCAGCGCUUUAAAAGAUGAAUUUUGCGUUAAUUGGGUGUAUUGGGUAAAGAUGAAAAGCAGGUGGAGGGAAAAGAGGAGAAAAAAAAGAGUUAUCGUUCUCCUGUGGGAUGUUUGAGUCAGUGGUUUUCUCCCCGCGGGAUCAGCACUUGGUGUCGUGUGGGGAUUUGCAUCCCCCAGGCGUGCUCACAGCUUUGUCAGACAGCAUCACAGAGGAACAGCAGAUGGAUUCGACAUAUGAUCUGUGGUUUUUAAGAAAUCAGAUGUGCAGCUAUUCUGCUCUUCCAGCCACAUCACCAGGGCAACAUGGCAUUCACAGGCAAAUAUGAAUUCGAAAGCGAUGAGAACUAUGAUGACUUUGUGAAGAAGAUCGGUCUCCCUGCUGACAAGAUCGAAAUGGGAAGGAAUUGCAAAAUAGUCACCGAGGUGGUGCAGAAUGGAAAUGAUUUCACCUGGACUCAGCAUUUCCCAGGAGGACGCACCACGACUAAUUCAUUCACUAUAGACAAGGAAGCAGACAUGGAGACAAUGGGUGGUAGAAAGUUCAAGGCAACAGUCAAAAUGGAAGGUGGGAAAAUAGUAGCUGAUUUUCCCAACUAUCAUCAUACUGCAGAGAUUUCUGGAGGAAAGCUUGUAGAGAUCUCUACUUCUUCUGGAGUAGUCUACAAGAGAACCAGCAAAAAGAUUGCUUAAUGCAUCAAAGCCAGUCUUCUGGUACACUCAAAACUAUGCAGCAAUACAAAUAAAAAUUAAUUCUGAUCUAA